AAAAGGCACUAGAGUGCUUAAAGUUGUGCACCCCAGCAUUUUGGCUCACACAUGAAACCAGUCUCUAUAUGAUAAACAAUUUGCUGGAAAAUGGAUUCCUACAGACCGGUCAUCUUGUUUAGUAUUUUAAUCUCCUUCCAUGUGGGACAUACACUACGCUGUGCAUGCAAAGAAGAUUUAAGAACUUGCACAAGUAUUCAUAAUAUGCAAACCAACUUCAAAACUGCCCAGAAGAUCUGCAUGGAAAAGGGAGGUAAAUUACUAACACCACUGAAUAAACCUAUCGACAGUUUUCUUUUCAACAAAACAGGACACUUCUGGAUUGGUUCAGAAGGUGAUUGUUUAAGCAGCAGCAGAAAUUCUCGAGCUGAUUCUGUGACUCUGAACAGAGGAGGGGAAGAUGUGGCGUGUUCCCCACAAUGCAUGUCGGUUUCUAGUAAUAAGACGUUAAUGGAGCGCUCGUGCGAGGAACAGGUCGACGGCUUUUUGUGUGAUGGUAUUCAGUGGGAAAACUGCUGGGAGGAGAGAGCAUCUGAAGUGCAGAUUCUGAAUAAGAAAGACUGUGUACUUGCUCCAUGCGAACGCCAGUGCGAAGAGGUUCCCGGAGGCCACACGUGUACCUGUCCUAAAGAAUUCAGGCUAAGCAGGAAAAAUCCUGAACGUUGUGAGUACUACUGCAACUCUACCACAUGCAAACGGCCUUGCUCCACGUGUGAGUGUCCUGAUGGCUUCAUCAAAGACAUGACAAAUUGCACAGAUUUAGACGAAUGCAAAUCGAAUCACAACAACUGUGAGCAAAAAUGCAGGAACACUAUCGGAAGUUACAAGUGCUCUUGCCAGAUAGGGUUCAUGCUGGUAAACAAAACUAAAUGUGUUCCUCUUAUAAAUCCUACUCCGUUAACUGCUGCGCUUGUUACACCGUCUGUAAAUUACACGUUGAGUCAUGCGGCUUUUGCAACUCCAGCAGAGUAUAUUGGGUUUACACUGCUUAUCUUGCUGGCUAUAUGUGUUCUGAUAGGACUUCUGUAUUACUUGCGAAAAAGCAAAUCUGAUGUACUUCUAAAAAAUUACGAUAUUGCAGACGACAUCAUGGUUCAAGAGGCACAGUUACAGAUGUAAAACUUCUUCUUGUCAUGACCAGUAAUAACAUCUUUGGUGACAUUGUUUUAUUUUUAGUCAAUUUAAGUUUCAUUUAUGAGUUCAUAUCAAUGUAAACAUUUAUUGCUAAAAAUGGUCAAAUUAAACCUUUAUACAUAUAAAUAACUCAUUUUGAAGUGUCUGAUAUUAUGUGUAACUAUUAAAAAUAGCUUAAAACACAGAAAAUGCAUUAGGAUCUUUCCAUGAUGGUUUACAAUUUUAUAUUUGAUCAAUAAGCUUUCUUAUAAGCUGUUAACCAAAAAGUCCAGGAUGCCAUUUUUAUAGUAAAACUAUAAACACUAAAGACAAACACUGAACAAAUUUCAAUGUGCCUGUGAGAGCAAAAGCCAUUUUGAAAAUUCAUCACUCUUCAUCACCAUAGUCAAGGAGCCACUGUGGUAGUGGCUUUAUAUAAAAACCAGACUUGCAUCAGGUAUUUAAGCACGAAUGGAAUAACUGAAACCGCAUGGGCCACAUGGGAUGAUCAUAGUCUAGUUAAAUAGGAAGAGUGCUAGUUAGUAUAAGACUCAUGUUAUAAGGUAAUGUGGAUUUCUACUGAUCGCAAAAUACUUCAUUUGUUAACUGAACUGUCACAUUGCCAUGCUCAGGUCAUGAUGUGUUUUUCAUCUCUUUGAGCUGGUUGAUAGAGAAUGAGAGUUAGAAGGCAUGAAAUACUCUUUGAAUGUUGCAAUUUGAUUUGUUUUUGUUUUUAUACUGUCUGCUUUUAAUCUGUUUCAUAAACAUGGUUAUUUUUAUGCACAUAUGCUUGUACUUAUUCACAAAUUAAGCACUAUUGUACAGCAGUAUAAAAAUAAAUACUUGAGAAAGAAAUCAGCUCAGCAUCAUAUCCAGAGGUUGUCUUUGGAAAAUAGACGUAUGAGUGCUGCCAGCAUUGCUGCAGAGGUUGAAGGGGAGGGGGGUCAGCCUGUCAGUGCUCAGACCAUACGCCGCACACUGCAUCAAAUUGGUCUGCAUGGCUGUCGUCCCAGAAGGAAGUCUCUUCUAAAGAUGAUGCACAAGAAAGCCCGCAAACAGUUUGCUGAAGACAAGCAGACUAAGGACAUGGAUUACUGGAACCACGUUCUGUGGUCUGAUGAGGACAAAAUAAACUUAUUUGGUUCAGAUGGUGUCAAGCGUGUGUGGCAGCAACCAGGUGAGGAUUACAAAGACAAGUGUGUCUUGCCUACAGUCAAGCAUGGUGGUGGGAUUGUCAUGGUUUGGGGCUGCAUGAGUGCUGCCGGCACUGGGGAGCUACAGUUCAUUGUGGGAACCAUGAAUGCCAAUAUGUACUGCGACAUACUGAAGCAGAGCAUGAUCCCCUCCCUUCGGAGAAGCAUGAUAACGACCCCAAACACACCUCCAAAACGACCACUGCCUUGCUAAAGAAGGUGAGGGUGAAGGUGAUGGACUGGCCAAGCAUGUCUCCAUACCUAAACCCUAUUGAGCAUCUGUGGGGCAUCCUCAAAUGGAAGGUGGAGGAGCACAAGGUCUCUAACAUCCACCAGCUUUGUGAUGUCGUCAUGGAGGAGUGGAAGAGGACUCCAGUGGCAACCUGUGAAGCUCUGGAGAACUCCAUGCCCAAGAGGGCAUGCUGGAAAAUAAUGGUGGCCACACAAAAUGUUGACACAUUGGGCUCAAUUUGGACAUUUUCACUUAGGAGUGUACUCACUUUUGUUGCCAGCGGUUUAGACAUAAAUGGCUGUGUGUUGAGUUAUUUUGAGGGGACAGCAAAUUUACACUGUUAUACAAGCUGUACACUCACUACUUUACAUUGUAGCAAAGUGUCAUUUCUUCAGUGUUGUCACAUUAAAAGAUAUAAUCAAAUGUUUACAAAAAUGUGAGGGGUGUACUCACUUUUGUAAGAUACUGUAUAUGCUUACAUCCAUCCAUCCAUCCAUCCAUCUUCUAUACCGCUUAUCCUUCCUUCAGUGUCACGGGGAAACCUGGAGCCUAUCCCAGGAAAGAUCGGGAACAAGGCGGGGUACACCCUGGACAGGGUGCCAAGCCAUCGCAGGGCACAAUCACGUACAUAUUCACACACCCAUUCAUACACUAUGGACACUUUGGACCUGCCAAUCAGCCUACCAUGCAUGUCUUUGGACUGGGGGAGGAAACCAGAGUACCCGGAGGAAACCCUUGCAGCACGGGGAGAACAUGCAAACUCCACACACACAGGGCCACAGUGGUAAUCAAACCCCCGUGGUAAUCAAACCCCAUAUUUGUUAAAUAUUCAUAAAUAUGUUAAUUACCACCGCUGGCCAGUCUAAAAUGAACACCUGUUUAUCUGUUUAUUUAUGCAGUUAUCCAAAUAGCCAUGAGUCUUGUCAUAAGGUCUUGGGUUAUGGGUCUUGAAAUAAUGCCGAUACUGGUCGAACAAUUCAGUUAAUGUUCAUUAGUGUUGGGGAGAUACAGUGAUCCCACUGAGCACCUAAGAAUCUGCUGAAUUCCUGGCAGCCUCACACACAACAGACUCCAGAGUUCACCCAGAGUGGCACAAAAAAGGGCAGGAAGAAACUUUUUUUUUUUUUUAAAUACAAAAACCAUUACACAGCAGGUGGGCAGCUCCAUAGGAAUAAGCACUCCAUGAAUUAUUGCGGUUGCAGAGGUACAUUACCAGGCUGACCCAGCUAACAGGUUACAGCAAUUUAAUCAAUAACUCAGUGAACCUCAACUUCUGCUGCAACAUGCUGGUGGCAAGGGCAGAGCCUGGUAUCAGCAGCACUAAUCAUAGGCUCAACCUGACUGUGUCAAAGCUGGCAAUGCCAUCCCACCAGCACCAUUGAAGUGGUGUACAAAUGCGCCAGCCCAUCCGCAUAUUGCUGCCAACCACAUAUAUCACCCUCCAAGGCCUUGCUUGUCCAGCUUGACAGUGCACCAUGUUGUACAGCACAAAUUGUCCCACAUUUGUUCCACAGAAAUGACAAUGAAUUCAGUGUACUUCAGUGGCCACAAAGUGUCAAGGCUGUUCUGAGAGCAAAGUGGGUUCCUACCCAGUAUCAAGGAUAAAACAGUUCCUGAAAGUGAGUGAGUGACUGACUGAUUGAGUGAAAAUGAGAGACUAGGAUGUUGUGGUGGUGGUGGCUUGUCAUGAAUGGCUUGUCAUGAACAAGCCAUUAUUGAAAAACUGUCCCAGGUUGUUUACUACGCUCAGAUUCCAUGUUGAAAACUUAAAAGUGUUAGUGUUAAUUAAAAACGUGAUUAUUCCAUAGUGAGGUCAGAUGUCAGAUGGAGAGAAAGAAACUCUGAAUGCAGAGUUUGUUUGUUUUCCACCAUGUGGUUAGUGGUAUCGUAUUUAUAAUAGACCUAGAGACAUAAAUCUUUUUAAUUUCUGAACUUUCUACUCACAGAACUCAUUUUUAUUAAAAUUGUCAUUAGAUUGAAGAAAAGUGCAAGUCUUCAUGUGUUUUCAGUGAAGGUCAGUGACAUCAAAAUAUAUAUUUUUAAUCUCUCAUUGACCUGUGAUAUCUGACUUGUAGACAUGUUACUGUACUCCAGCAUUCUACAAAGCCCAGGCAGCAAUAAUAAAUAAGUAUUUUAUUUUCCAUGAAUAUCUUGUUCAGUUAUUUACAAUAUGUAUAAAAACUUUAAGUGGCCUUUAAGACUAGCCUAUAUUCAAUUAUUC